ACGGCGGCGAGCAGGGAACAAGCAGCGACGCUGAUGGCCGGUCUAGCACCUCCGCCUGGCUUCCCGGGCUCCUCAUCGAGCUCUGUGGACGUCAACAUGGACUAUGCGCAGAUCGAAGCGUACCAGGAACGACCUGCCAUGUCGCAGGAGGCACUCGAUCUCAAGAAGCGCAAGUGGCUCAACUUCCAAGCUCGUCGAUAUGGGAGCGCCCAAAAGACUGCGAUCGUCGAUACGGGCAAGCAGGAGUUGCCGCCCGAGCAUGUGAGGAAGAUCAUCAAGGAUCGUGCCGACAUGUCCAAUCGCAAGUUCAGAUCGGACAAGCGAGUACACUUGGGAGCGCUCAAAUAUGUACCCCAUGCCGUCCUCAAGCUCCUCGAGAACAUGCCCGCGCCUUGGACGCAGGUCAAGGAGGUCUCGGUGCUCUAUCACAUCACUGGCGCCAUCACCUUCGUCAACGAGACCCCGAGGGUCAUCCCGCCUGUCUAUCAUGCUCAGUGGGCCUCCAUGUGGCUCGCUAUGAGGAGAGAGAAGCGCGAUCGUCGUCACUUCAAGCGAAUGCGUUUCCCGCCCUUUGACGAUGAAGAGCCUCCGCUCGACUAUGGCGACAAUAUCAUCGAUGUCGAGCCACUAGAAGCUAUACAGCUCGAGCUCGAUCCAGAAGAAGACGGUCCGAUCAUCGACUGGUUCUACGAUGACAAGCCGCUCGUUGAUGAUCCGUCACAUGUCAACGGGCCCUCAUACAAGACUUGGAACCUCACCUUGCAAGAGCAAGCCAAUUUGUAUCGUAUCGGUCGCACUCUGACCAGCGAGUUUACCGACGCCAAUUAUCACUACCUCUUUGAGCCCAAGGCCUUCUUCACCGCAAAGGCGCUCAAUAUGGCGAUCCCCGGCGGUCCCAAAUUUGAGCCUCUCUACCGAGACGAGAACCACGACGAAGACUGGAACGAGUUCAACUCGAUCUUAAAGAUCAUCAUCCGUCAGCAGAUCAGGACAGAGUACAAAGUCGCUUUCCCGCACCUCUACAACUCACUACCGCGCUCUGUUCACAUCUCUGCUUACCAUGAGCCGCCUACUCUCUACGUCAAGACGGAUGACCCAGACUUGCCAGCGUUCUACUUUGAUCCCGUGAUCCACCCAAUCUCGUCCCGGUCGAUCGAGGCCAAGAAUGAAGUCAUGCCGCACGAAGACGUUGUCUUUGGCGUCGGCGAGCAAGCUGACGACCAAGAGGAUGACUUUGAGCUACCUGCUGGCGUUACCGCCUUCCUCGACGGAGAAGAGCUAGCCAAUGACAACACUGCCGACGCUAUCGCGCUCUGGUGGGCUCCUUGGCCUUACUCGCUAAGAUCCGGUCGGACGAUCCGGGCAAUCGACAUGCCUCUCAUCAAGCAAUGGUACAUGGAACAUUGCCCACCGGGACAGCCAGUCAAGAUUCGCGUGUCUUACCAGAAGCUGCUCAAGUGCUACGUCCUCAACGAGCUCAGAUCGAAGCCUCAGAAGCCCGUGCCUCGCAGGUCGCUUUUCAAGGAGCUCAAGGGUACCAAAUUCUUUCAGACGACGACGCUUGAUUGGGUCGAGGCCGGCUUGCAAGUCUGUCGACAGGGAUACAACAUGCUCAAUCUGCUGAUCCACCGCAAGAAUCUCAAUUACUUGCAUCUCGACUACAACAUGAAUCUCAAGCCGAUCAAGACGCUCACUACCAAAGAGCGCAAGAAGUCGCGCUUCGGAAAUUCCUUCCACUUGAUGAGAGAGAUUCUUCGACUGACCAAGCUUAUUGUCGAUUGUCAUGUGCAAUACCGGCUGGGCAAUGUCGAUGCUUUCCAGCUCGCGGACGGCCUACAAUUUGCUUUCGCUCACGUCGGACAGCUCACCGGCAUGUAUCGAUACAAGUACAAGCUCAUGAGACAGAUCCGUAUGACGAAAGAUCUCAAGCAUGUCAUUUACACCCGCUUCAACACUGGGCCCGUUGGCAAAGGACCCGGUGUCGGGUUCUGGGCACCAGGCUGGCGAGUCUGGAUAUUCUUCCUGCGCGGCAUUGUCCCACUUCUUGAGAGAUGGCUCGGCAAUCUGCUAGCUCGUCAAUUCGAAGGUCGAAACAGCAAGGGCAUUGCUUCGACGAUCACAAAGCAGCGUGUCGAGUCGCACUUUGAUCUCGAGCUUCGAGCUGCCGUCAUGCACGAUAUUCUGGAUAUGAUGCCAUCUGGCAUCAAGCAGAACAAGAGCAAGACUAUUUUGCAGCAUACGUCUGAAGCUUGGCGCUGCUGGAAGGCCAAUGUGCCUUGGAAGGUGCCUGGUAUGCCUGUCGCCAUUGAGAACAUCAUCUUGAGAUAUGUCAAGCAAAAAGCAGACUGGUGGACUUCUGUCGCUCACUACAAUCGCGAGCGAAUACGUCGAGGCGCCACCGUCGACAAGACAGUGUCGAAGAAGAACCUAGGUCGAUUGACUCGAUUGUUCCUCAAGGCGGAACAAGAACGUCAGAACUCCUAUCUCAAGGACGGCCCCUACAUUUCUGCUGAAGAGGCGGUCGCCAUCUACUCAGCUACGGUGCACUGGCUCGAAUCGCGCAAAUUUGCGCCGAUCCCGUUCCCGCCGCUCUCGUACAAGCACGACACGAAGCUCCUCGUCUUGGCGCUCGAGAAGCUCAAAGAGGCAUACAGCGUCAAGGGGCGACUCAAUCAGUCUCAGCGAGAAGAGCUAGCGCUUAUCGAGCAGGCUUACGAUGCGCCUCAUGAGACGCUCUCUCGGAUCAAGCGACUCUUGCUCACUCAGCGUGCAUUCAAGGAGGCCGCGCUUGAGUUCUUUGAUACUUACCUGACUCUUAUUCCCGUCUAUGACAUCGAGCCGAUGGAGAAGAUCACGGAUGCCUAUCUCGAUCAGUUCCUCGCAUUCGAGGGCGACAAGCGAGGUCUGUUCCCGGCGUGGAUCAAGCCUGGCGAUUCUGAGCCGCCACCCCUGUUGGUCUACAAGUGGUGCCAAGGCAUCAACCAGCUCGAUCAAGUCUGGGAGACGAGCGAGGGCGAAUGCAAUGUUCUCAUGGAGACCAAGCUUAGCAAGGUCUACGAGAAGGUCGAUCUGACAUUGCUCAAUCGACUCUUGCGACUUAUCAUGGACCACAAUUUGGCCGACUACAUCACGGCCAAGCAGAACAUCGUGCUGACCUACAAGGAUAUGUCGCAUACCAACUCGUACGGCAUGAUCAGAGGUCUGCAAUUCUCGGCGUUCGUCUACCAGUACUAUGGUCUCGUGCUCGAUCUGCUCAUCCUAGGUCUGCAACGCGCUUCGGAGAUGGCAGGACCGCCGCAGUUGCCCAACAACUUCUUACAAUGGCAAGAUACUGCUACAGAGACGCGACACCCUAUCCGUCUAUACUCGCGAUAUGUCGAUGUCAUUCACAUCAUGUUCCGCUUUACUGCCGACGAAUCGCGGGACCUCAUCCAGCGAUAUCUCAGCGCAAAUCCUGACCCAAACAACGAGAAUCUCAUCGGCUAUAAUAAUCGCCGCUGCUGGCCACGUGAUUGUCGAAUGCGACUGAUCAAGCACGAUGUUAACCUUGGUCGAGCUGUCUUCUGGGACAUCAAGAAUCGCCUGCCUCGUUCGCUGACAACCAUCGAGUGGGAUGACACCUUUGUCUCAGUCUAUUCGAAAGAUAAUCCUCAGCUACUCUUUGCGAUGUGCAAUUUCGAAGUGCGAAUCCUGCCAAAGAUUCGCAACCUCAACGAAGAAUUCACACUACGAGACGGUGUCUGGAAUCUGUCAAACGAGGUCACGAAGGAGCGAACGGCUCAGGCCUUCCUGCGCGUAUCGGAUCGCGGGAUCGAGCAGUUCACGAAUCGUAUCCGGCAAGUGCUGAUGGCGUCCGGCUCAACAACCUUUUCGAAGAUCAUCAACAAGUGGAACACGACGAUCAUUGGACUCAUGACUUACUAUCGCGAAGCCGUAAUCCACACCAACGAAAUGCUCGAUCUACUUGUCAAGUCAGAGAACAAGAUUCAGACCCGAGUCAAGAUUGGCUUGAACAGUAAGAUGCCAUCGCGAUUCCCGCCGGCUGUAUUCUACUCGCCAAAGGAGUUAGGCGGUCUUGGCAUGCUUUCGAUGGGCCAUGUCUUGAUACCCCAAUCUGACCUUCGUUGGAGCAAGCAAACCGACGCUGGCAUCACUCACUUCCGCGCUGGCAUGAGUCAUGAAGAAGAUCAACUCAUUCCCAAUUUGUAUCGCUACAUUGCGCCAUGGGAGGCCGAAUUCCUCGAUUCAGCCCGCGUGUGGGCGGAGUACGCAACGAAGCGUCGCGAAGCUAAUGCGCAAAAUCGGCGACUUACGCUCGAGGAUCUCGAGGACAGCUGGGAUCGCGGUCUGCCGCGUAUCAACACAUUGUUCACGAAGGAUCGCAAUACGCUUGCUUACGACAAAAUGUGGCGUCUGCGAGUCGAUUGGAAGCAAUACCAAUUGCCAAAAGCCAAUCCAUUCUAUUGGACGAGUCAGCGCCACGACGGCAAGCUCUGGCAGCUCAACAAUUAUCGAGUCGAUGUCAUUGCUGCCCUUGGCGGUGUUGAAGGUAUCCUUGAGCAUACAUUGUUCAAGGGCACCGGUCAUCCCACGUGGGAAGGUCUCUUCUGGGAAAGAGCAUCCGGAUUCGAAGAGUCGAUGAAGUUCAAGAAGCUCACGAAUGCGCAAAGAUCCGGUCUCAAUCAGAUUCCGAAUCGACGUUUCGUAAUGUGGUUCAGUCCGACUAUCAACAGAGCGAAUGUCUACGUCGGCUUCCAGGUUCAGCUUGAUCUGACGGGCAUCUUCAUGCACGGUAAAAUCCCGACGCUCAAGAUUUCACUCAUUCAGAUCUUCCGAGCGCAUCUGUGGCAGAAGAUUCACGAAUCAGUGGUCAUGGAUCUCUGCCAGGUCUUUGACCAGGAACUCGAGGCGCUGCAGAUCGAGACGGUACAGAAGGAGACGAUUCAUCCCAGAAAGUCGUACAAGAUGAACAGCAGCUGUGCCGACAUCCUGCUUUUCUCGUCGUACAAAUGGAACAUAACCCGGCCCUCGUUGUUGACGGACAAUCGGGAUGUCUUGGAAGGCGUCACGUCCAACAAGUACUGGAUCGACGUGCAGCUGCGAUGGGGUGACUUCGAUUCUCACGAUAUCGAACGGUAUGCUCGUGCCAAGUUCCUCGACUAUACGACCGACGCUUCCAGCAUCUAUCCCAGCCCGACUGGUGUCUUGAUCGCAAUCGAUCUCGCGUAUAACAUGUACUCGGCAUACGGUCACUAUUUCCCCGGCAUGAAGCCUCUCCUGCAGCAGGCGAUGGCAAAGGUUAUGAAGGCCAACCCGGCGCUGUUCGUCUGUCGAGAGCGCAUUCGCAAGGGUCUGCAGCUGUACAGCUCGGAGCCCACCGAGCCUUACCUCACAUCAACGAAUUAUUCGGAGCUAUUCAGCAAUCAAGUCAUUUGGUUCGUCGAUGACACGCAAGUCUACCGUGUCACGAUUCACAAAACCUUUGAGGGCAACUUGACAACAAAGCCUAUCAAUGGCGCUAUCUUCAUCUUCAAUCCGCGAACUGGCCAGCUUUUCCUCAAGAUCAUUCACACCUCAGUCUGGGCAGGUCAGAAGCGUCUUGGACAGCUCGCAAAGUGGAAGACCGCGGAAGAAGUCGCUGCGUUGAUUCGUUCGCUGCCGGUUGAAGAGCAACCUAAGCAGAUCAUCGUCACGCGUAAGGGCAUGCUCGAUCCACUCGAAGUACAUCUUCUCGACUUCCCUAACGUCACGAUCAAGGGCUCCGAGCUGCAGCUACCCUUCCAGGCAGCGAUGAAGCUUGAGAAGUUUGGCGAUCUCGUCCUGCGAGCCAGUCAGCCUCAGAUGGUGCUAUCGUCACUCUACGACGAUUGGCUCAAGUCAAUCUCGAGCUAUACGGCCUUUUCGCGUCUCAUCUUGUUACUGCGUGCACUGCAUGUUAACAACGAGAAGACGAAGAUCAUCCUGCGACCGAAUAAGACGACGAUCACCGCGCCUCAUCAUGUCUGGCCAACGCUUGAAGAUGAGGAAUGGAUGCGCGUCGAGAUUGCACUGCGCGAUCUCAUCCUGGCGGACUAUGCCAAGCGGAAUGCUGUCAAUACUGCCUCGCUCACAUCGUCUGAAGUGCGAGACAUCAUUCUCGGGAUGGAGAUCCAAGCACCUAGCAUUCAGCGCCAGCAGAUGGCGGAGAUUGAAAAGUCGGCAGAGCAAGCUGCUCAAGUCACUGCCCUGCAGACCGAAACGGUCAACAAGCAUGGUGACUCGAUCAUCACAACCACGACGACCAAUUAUGAGCAGCAGACCUUCUCGUCAAAGACAGACUGGCGCAUCCGUGCAAUCAGCGCAACGAACAUUCCGCUUCGUCUUCAGCACGUCUACGUUUCGAAUGAGGACAUCAAGGAAGAAUUGCCAACACUCGUGUUGCCGCAGAACGUUCUCAAAUCGUUCGUGUGCGCAGCCGAUCUGCGGACGCCUAUCGCUGCCUUCCUGUUCGGUCAAGUCGCGCCUGACAACAGUCGAGUGGUCGAGGUGAAGGCUUUAGCGAUGGUGCCUCAGCGAGCCAGCCAGCGCUCUAUCGAGCUCCCUGCGAGCUUGCCGAACCAUCCUCUCUUGGGCGACCUCAAGAUUGUCGGCGUGAUCAACACUCAGUCACAGGAUUCACAGAAUUUGCAGCCGAACGAUGCUAUCAUGUUCGCCAAGCUGAUGGAACAGCAUCCCGAGAUUGACGGCUCAAGUCUCUGGCUGACGGUCGCCUUCACUCCUGGCUCGCUGUCCCUGUGCGCAUAUGCUCUGACGCCCAAGGCAUUCGAAUGGGGACGGAAUGCAGAUCCUUCGGCGCCAACAGGCUACAAUCCUGCCAGUAUGACCGAGCGAGCUCAAUUGCUCAUUAGCCCAAAGAUCCUCGGCAGCACUUUCGUGCCAACUGGCGAUGUCUGGAACUACUCGAUUGGUCUCGGUCCCCAGUUCUCGACGUCUAUGACUUACACGAUGACGCUCGCCGGCUCGCCUGCGCCUUACUAUGCUGCACAGCACCGGCCCCAGCACUUUUCGCAAUUUGUUGCUGCUGGAUCAGAGGACGUCAUCGAUAGCGACCUCCAGGAUGCCUUUGCGUAGGCUCCC